AUGGCUGCUUCAAAUCCUCAACAAACGAUUUCAAUGCAAAUCGCAAAUAGCGUGGGUGGCCUUACACGUUCCCCAUUGCUAGUUGUGGAAGAAUAUGAUCACUGGAAAGUUAGAAUGGAAAGAUUCCUUUUGGCUAAAGAUAAAGGUGAAGAGAUAUGGAGAUCUGUGAAAGAAGGUCCUCAUGUUCCUGUUAGAACCAUUGUAAGAGAUGCUGCUACUCAGCUUAUGGGUCAAGAUGAAGCUCGUCCAGCCCCUCUAACUGCAGAUGAUGUUGAAAAGUUGCAUGUUGAUCAAGUUGCCUUCGUGGAAAUGGUGUUUGGUGUUCCUCCAUCACUCUUUGAGCACAUCAAGCUAUGCAAAUCAGCCAAAGAAAUUUGGGACACUCUUCAGGAUCUAAUUGAAGGUUCCGAAAAUAUGAAGGACAAACGCCUCACCUCGGUUGUCAAUGACUUUGACACAUUCACUACCACUCCAGGAUGGGGAAAUGUAAAGUCUUGUCUUCAAAGCAAUGGUUCCUUAAAAAAAUUGAAACUCUAUCAACUUUUUGAUGAGCUUCAAGGACAUGAAUCAAACGUUGCUCAAACCAUAAGAGAACUUUCCGGAGGACCACUCACUCUAGUUAGUUCUUUUGAUGUAACCAUUCCAAACCCAUCUGCUCCAGAACCUUACAAACCCGCUGUUCCUUUGACUCGGUCAUCCUUAACUUCCUUAUCCACUCACAUCUAUCCUGACGAUGAUUCGGAAACUUCGGAUUCUAAACUCCGUUUCCAACAAAAGUUUGCCUUACUUUCAAUGAAAUACAAACGUCCUUUCAAUCCCUCUUACAAACCAUACCAAAAUAGGUUUAGCACUCCUCACCAAAACCAUCCUCAACCAUAUUUUGCUUUGGAACCAAAACGCACCUCCGAAAACCCUCCUGCAUACAAGCCUAACCUCACUAAACCAAACUCAACCUCGGAAUCUUCUCAAAAUUCCAACUCAGAAAAACCAAAGAUUAUGUGUCAUAAAUGUGGUCAUGCAAACCAUUUUGCCAAAGAUUGUCUAGUUGAUGCUCCACAAAAACCAACAGUCAAAGACUCAGCUUAUUAUGUCCGAAAAGCACAAGAAACGGCCGAAAGUGAAAAGGCAUUUGUCACUAUAGUUUCAAGAGAUAUUGAAGGAUACUGGUCAUCCGGAGAUGAUGAAGAUUUGGUGUCCGGAAAAAAUAUAUGUUUGAUGGCAAGACAAACGGUUGAAUGUGAUGAAGGUUAUUGGUCUUCUGGGUCCGAAGAUGAAGAUGAUGUUGCUGAACCUCACUACUGCUACAUGGGCACUAAUGAUCCACCAGGUCGAAACAUUGUUCAAUAG